CGGCCCCAUCCCAUCUCAUCCUCACAUCAUUUCACCGAUAGUGCAAUGCAAUCACACCCACGGCGAUUUCUUCCCCAUUCCCCCCUAACUUUAUAACACUGUCAAUCCAUUAAAGAAUCCCACCAUCUCCAUUCUCCCCUCUGUAUUAGUAUUACCUCCCUCACUCAUCCCGUUUUUGCACUUAAUGCCACCCCCAAUUACCAAUGAUGGCUUCUCUUCCCCUAACUCUGCAUUUCUUAUCUAUAACGUCGUCUCUUCUUGAAAACCCAGAUCAAGUUCAAGCUGGGUCGAUCAUCUUUCACGAAGCUGUUGACUUUUGUGAGUCAAACUGAAAAUGGGGUGUUGUAUCUCAACAAGUAGUCACAGUACCUGUAGUAGCAUGAGCGAAGGAGAAGUUGUCACCAUGUGUGGUGUGCAAAAGCGAACAAGAACAACAUCUUCAUACCACAUGAACACCUUACAACAAAUGACCUCUAUACCCAACAGGAUUUUUACAAAUGGGAAGAGCCAAAGUUCUUGUAUAUAUACACAACAAGGGCGUAAAGGUGUAAACCAAGAUGCCAUGAUUGUUUGGGAAGAUUUCAUGGAAGAAGGUUUGACCUUCUGUGGAGUCUUUGAUGGCCAUGGACCUCAAGGGCAUCUUGUUGCCCGUAAAGUUCGUGAUACUUUACCAUUGAAGUUAUAUUCUUUCCUUGAUUCUCAUGAGUCAAAGAAAAAAAAGUCAACCGGUUCUAAUUGUUGCAGUGGGAAUUCUAGAUCAGAUUGUGAUGAGGGAAUAGAGGAUAAAGAUAAAGUUGACUCAUUAUGGAAAGAAGCAUUUUUGAAAUCGUAUAAAUCAAUGGAUAAAGAAUUAAGAUCUCAUCCUAGUUUGGAUUGCUUCUGUAGUGGUAGCACAGCUGUCACCAUUGUAAAACAGGGGUCAAAUCUUUUCAUGGGAAGUAUAGGAGAUUCACGCGCGAUCAUGGCUUCAAACGAUAGUAACAAUUCGCUUGUAGCAAUUCAGUUGACCGUUGACUUGAAGCCCGACUUACCAAGAGAAGCUGAAAGGAUUAAACGAUGUAAAGGUCGGGUUUUCGCAUUGCAAGAUGAACCUGAGGUGUCGCGAGUUUGGUUGCCAUUUGAUGAUGCACCAGGGUUAGCAAUGGCGAGAGCAUUUGGGGAUUUUUGUUUGAAGGAAUAUGGAGUGAUUUCUAUUCCUGAAUUUUCUCACAGGAUUAUUACAGAGAAAGAUAAGUUCAUUGUUCUUGCAUCAGAUGGGGUUUGGGAUGUUUUGAGCAAUGAAGAAGUGAUUGAGAUAGUGUCGUCAUCUCCAAUUCGGUCAACAGCAGCAAGAACAGUGGUUGACUCAGCUGCUCGUGAGUGGAGAAACAAAUACCCGACAUCAAGAAUGGAUGAUUGUGCAGUUGUUUGUUUGUUUUUGGAUGGAAAGAUGGAUUCUGAAUCGGAUUAUGAAGAACAAGGAGUGUCUUCUGCCACUUUACAGAGUGAUUGCAAUCAAUCUGGUAAUGUGAAUGAAUCAGAUGAUGCUCAGAUAUGUGAGCCAUCAUUGCAGAGGAACUUUACAGUUAGAUCAUCAGAAGAGAAGAAUGAUGAAGUGGGUGUGGUGGUUUGUGAUGAUCAUGGGUGGUCUGGGUUGGAAGGAGUCACCCGAGUCAACUCACUGGUCCAGUUGCCAAGAUUUUCGGAAGAGACACCAGGAGAAUGAUUGCUUUGUUUUUUUUUUUUUUCUUUAGUUAGUGAAUUGCAUCUGCUGUAUGAUGUCUCCUAUCUCUUAGAAUCUUAAGAAAUGUAAAAAUGGAUCUUCUGAGUUUGUUAGUGUGUGAUAUGUUCCAAUAA